AUGCCUGAUUUACCUGAGAUGGACUACAAUUCGUCAGAAGAACAUCAUGAGACACACCAAAGUGCUCAUAGUUGUGCAAAUUCAGGAAACAAUUCACCAACUUAUCCCACAAAUGUGAACCAUGAAGCAAAAGAUUCUAGAACAACUAUCCACACAGCAAGUGAAGAUGGACAUUUGGACCAGGUUUCUAAAACUGAUGCAAAGUUGCAAAGUAUAUCUAAACCUCAGAAAUUAAUACCACCAAACAGGAACAUACAUGAUUUCAAUACUCAGCACCAGAGUCCAAGCACAAAGAUGCCUCCAAAUUCCGAUCAUUCAUUUACCUCACAAGGAUUGCCAACACCAAAUGCAAAGGGAAUGGCUACCCAUACAAAGACCACAAAUCAAGGUCCGGGGAGUGGUUCUAGCUCUCGCAGUGAUAGCUUAGAGAGCACAAGUGCACCCAUUAGGCCACACACUGGUGGUGAUGUAAGGUGGGAAGCAAUUAACAUGGUUUCCAAGAGUGGCCCUCUCAAUCUUAGCCAUUUCAGGCUUCUAAAGCGCAUUGGUUAUGGUGACAUUGGAAGUGUAUAUCUUGUGGAACUUAAAGGAACUAAGACCUACUUUGCUAUGAAAGUGAUGGACAAGGCUGCACUUAUAAGCAGAAACAAGCUUCUGAGAGCACAGACAGAAAAGGAGAUUCUUGGACUUCUUGAUCACCCCUUCCUUCCCACUUUGUAUUCUUACUUUGAAACUGAUAAGUUUUACUGUUUGGUCAUGGAGUUCUGUAGUGGAGGUGAUCUUCAUACUCUUAGACAGAAACAACCUAACAAGUGUUUCACUGAAGAAGCUGCAAGGUUUUAUGCUUCAGAGGUAUUGUUAGCUCUGGAAUACCUACACAUGCUUGGCAUUGUAUACAGAGACUUGAAGCCGGAGAAUCUUUUGGUGAGAGAUGAAGGGCACAUCAUGCUCUCAGAUUUUGACUUGUCCCUUCGCUGUUCUGUGAGUCCUACACUAGUCAAGUCUUCAUCAGCUCAUGCAAGUAAUAGUGGUGGUGGUGGUGAUUCUGGAGGCAUGUUAGGUGAUGACCAAUCAGUGCAAAGUAGUGCUCAACCAUCAAGUUUUUUCCCACGCAUUUUGCCUUCAAAGAAGAACCGCAAGGCAAAAUCAGACUUUGGCCUAUUGGUUGGUGGAGGAAGGCUUCCUGAACUGAUGGCAGAACCAACCAAUGUGCGUUCAAUGUCAUUUGUAGGAACACAUGAAUAUCUUGCUCCUGAGAUCAUCAAAGGAGAGGGUCAUGGUAGUGCAGUGGAUUGGUGGACUUUUGGUAUCUUCUUGUAUGAGCUGUUGCAUGGAACAACCCCUUUUAAGGGUGCUGGAUAUAAAGCCACACUUUUCAAUGUUGUUGGACAACCACUGAGGUUCCCAGAAACUCCACAGGUAAGUUCUGUGGCUCGUGAUCUCAUUAGAGGGUUGUUGGUGAAAGAGCCUCAGAAGAGAAUUGCAUACAAAAGAGGAGCUACAGAGAUAAAACAACAUCCAUUUUUCGAGGGUGUGAAUUGGGCUCUUGUCAGAAGUGCCACACCUCCUCAUAUACCAGAUGCCAUAGACUUUUCCAAGUAUGCUAGCAAAGACACAGCACCCCCAGUUGACAAGAAGAUGGCAGAUAUUGCUAAUGAUAAAAACACCAAAAAAUCUUCUGAUUCUUACGUAGACUUUGAGUAUUUUUAG